UAUUGUAACAUUCAAAAAACUUCGAUCGCGUACAUUGGUUUUGCGACGUACAAAUUUCGAUUUUAUCAAAUUAAUAUCACCAACUAAUUAUUAAAUGACCUUACCGUAAUGAAAGAGGUGUUCCGCAACAAAUGACCACCUAUUUAUCUUUCCUUGAACUACAUACGCGUUCCGAUCGAUAAAAAUGACUCAGUCGAUAAUGGAUUUAUACAUUUUCAAAUGAAACACACUUCUUGUUCCUGUAACCUAAAAUAGAAGUAUGUAGUAUACAGACAACAUAUCAAAAUCGUCACGAUGCUUCGCAUUUGAACUACUAAAACGUAGAAAUUCCCUAAAGAGCAAUAAUCUGGACGUACUCCAAUUCCAAUUAUAAUGCAUAUAAUAUUUGGAUUUCGUACGUUAUUGGUGAAACUUUAGGGUAAGCUGAAGGAUACUGACAGCAAUAAAGUAAUCGAUAAAAUUAGCAGUCAACACAGUUGUUAAGAAAUUUACAUGAUAUUUUAUCAAGUUCACGGUGCAAACGCUGGUUUCAAUCACCGUUCUGUGGAAAUUAUAAAAUCUGAAGAAUAAAUACGUUAAUUCCUACGAGGAUCGUCCUUGAGGAACCACGCGAUGCCUUCCUUUGGCAAUGUGACUAUAAACAAAUGUCAGCUUAUCACUAUACGAAAUUUUAAUCGUACUUGCCGCUAAAAUGAUUAAUACAGUGCGUUUUAAUACAUACUCGCCAAUCUAAAACUUUCACGCAUGGAUGGAACAAAUAACAACUCAUUCGCUCGUCAAAUGAAUUCUGUACGAUAACUCUCAUUAAUAUUUCUCAACGUUUUGACGAACAUUUCCAUUAGAACAAUAGCUGCCAAGAUGCCAGGUAAAAUAAAAGUAAAAGUAUUGGCAGGACGUAACUUGCCUGUGAUGGAUCGUUCGGGAGACACAACGGAUGCAUAUGUAGAAUUAAAAUUUGGCAAUACAACGUAUAAAACAGAUGUGUGUAGGAAAUCUUUGAAUCCUCAAUGGAACUCUGAAUGGUACAGAUUUGAGGUUGAUGACUCUGAGCUACAGGAUGAACCCUUACAAAUUAGAUUAAUGGACCACGAUACUUAUUCUGCUAAUGAUGCCAUAGGCAAAGUUUAUAUAAAUUUAAAUCCAUUACUGUUGCCUGGAGUUCCUCCUACUGUUAAAAAUAUUUGGACAUUGGAGGCAGCCAUGAAUACUAAUACUGGUUCACAGGGUGGUUCAGUUAUGACAGGAUGGAUUCCUGUGUAUGACACUAUGCAUGGAAUUCGUGGUGAAGUUAAUAUUAUAGUGAAAGUGGAAUUAUUCUCUGAUUUUAAUAAAUUUAGACAAUCUUCUUGCGGCGUACAGUUUUUUUAUUCACCAAAUAUACCACAUGGAUAUCAUACUCAAAGUAUUCAUGGCUUUGUGGAAGAAUUAGUUGUUAGUGAUGAUCCUGAAUACAAAUGGAUCGAUAAAAUAAGAACACCUAGAGCCUCAAAUGAAGCACGUCAAACAUUAUUUUUUAAACUGAGUGGAGAAGUUCAGAGGAAAAUUGGACUGAAAGCUUUGGACCUUGGUGGAAAUGCUGUCAUUGGAUAUUUACAAAAUUUUGAUCUGGAAGGUGAAUCUGGCAUUGUUGCUAGAGGUAUAGGUACUGCAGUUACUCUUGUAAAAUUGCAGGACACUUUAAACUUGCCAACUGACAAUAUUGAAGAGGCAUUCUUUUCACAACACAAAGCACAAAAGGAACAUUCAGGACUCGAUGAGAGUUUGCCGAUAUAUCCCGUUCCUCCUACAUGUGUCCCUGAUCCUUUUAUCGCAAAUAUACGUAUAAAGGAUAAUUUUUCACAUCACGCGAAGACGUUCAAAGGACCCAAACGAACGGUAAAAACGUUUGACUACUCCUGCGAUGAAUCAGAAGAUGCAAGAACCAAUGAAAAACCACAGAGAAUAAGUAGUAUGAAAAAAUCAGCAGUUUCUUAUUCAAGUAUAGCUGAAUCUGUGAUCCAAGAUGCUUCCAUAAGAAUCAUGUUAGCUCAGGAGGAUGAAAGGGGUGAGAGCAACAAAAGUAUUUUGGAUGUUCGUAUGAAGAAUUUAAAGAAGUUGUUUGGUUCAAGCGACACGGAAAGUAAAGGGAAUGCACGUUUAACUAGUUCAGCUAGGUCUUCGAUUGUCAGCAUAUAUCCAAGAAAAGAGAAAAUGUUCAAAAAUAGUAAGGAAAAAGAAAAUAUAGCUGCUCUUUUGAUUAAGUCCAUACACAGCAUGCCUUUAGAAGAUGUCACUGAAGGUCGUGAGUCGCCAGUAGCAUUAUCUAGUAAUACGCAAGAAAGUGUUAAACCUCCGGAGCAUCGAGAUACAGUUAUUACGCGUGAAAAUCGGGAGAGAGAUGAAGAGGUUUACAAAGAAAAGGUGGAUGCGUUAAUAGCAAAAGCAGAGAAGAAAAAACAAUUUGAUUCAUCGUUUGAAGAGAACACACCUAGCUCUAAUGAUUUCUCGGAUCGAUCUUCAAUUAACAGUGCCAAUUACGACAUUUUACGCGAUUCGAAGUUGUCAACUGACGAAGAACCAGGGGAAAGUUACAAAUUUAUUAAAAUGCUUGCUAGAUCUAGUAGUUUUCCGCCAUUAAAGUCAAGAUCGUCACAGAGAAGAUUGCAGAGAAUGGAUAGUGAAUCGCGUCCUCUUCACCAAGAAGAUACAUCCGUUUUGUUCAAAUGCAUAUCUACAAAUCAUAUACCAUUUCGUUUUGCUCCUACUAAAUCGCACAUUGACCUUGGAAAGUCUUCGAAUUUAACAACUGAUAAGAUAGAAGAAUAUAAUAAAACUAUAAAAGAGGCCAGAAAUGUUAUUUUUAAAAAUGCCCACUUAGCAACAGUGUCUUCUGAAAAUACUAAGAAUGAUAUGCAACGUAAACAAAGCACAGAUUCACAAGACUCUUACAGUCCUCUUGCGACCAGUACGCCGGUAGAAAUUCGACCACCUUUCUUUUCAGAAAUGCAAGAAGGUGAAACUGUAUCAAUUAAUACAGAACAAGAACCAACAAUGAAUAUUCGUCAACAUGCUGCUGCGAAUACUAAUACAACUGAUGAUCUGUCAUAUGCAGAUGAGUCCGAAGUCUCCGCGUCUACAUACUCUUUGCUGCAAAGCGGAAGUGAUACAGAGGGAAAAGAUAAAGUAACAUUUAGACAAGGGAACAAAGAGAGAAGAUCCCCAUCUUCAAUCGAAGAAACUGAUAAUGUUCCUCGUAGAGAUUUAUUUAAGAAUAUGGAACGCUUCGAUAGAUUGGAAGAGCAUAAUGUACUGAAGUUUUCCGCAUCGACACAGUCGCUUCCAUCGUUACAACAAUUUCAGACUCCUACAAUUAUAGAGUCUCACGUAAUAGAAGAUACAGGCAGUAAAGUAAAUGAAUCGGCAUCAAAGACUUCAUCUAGCAUUGAAAGUUUAAUACAGUCUUCGUGUAACGACGUUCACGAUACGGAACACAAGAACAGGCAACGUCGGAUGUUGGACCUAAUUAGACUGAUCGACACAAAGAUGAUGGAACAUCCGGAUGGUUACAAUAAUAAUGACCAUUACAGAUUAAAAAGGAAGAAGAGAGACAGAUUAUAUAGAAACAUACAUCCCACGAAUUUGCGGAAAAGUUUGCACAACAAACGUUUGAAGAGGCGGCUUCAAAUUUACAAAUCUUCAGACAUGUUCCCUUCAAAUCAAUCCAUACCGCCACCGGUCACGCCUGAUUCCUCAUCCUACAACUCCUCUCUCGAGAGCAUCAUCAUUAGCGACAGUUUCAUUAAAUCGCACAUACACAGAACUGAAUCAUUUAGCUCAAAGCAAAGUUUGACUACCGAAAGGUCUGUAGUCAAUUUGAAAUCACAUGAAAUCGCUGCUAAGGAAUUAACCGUAGAUACUCAGAGCAGCGAUUCGCUUAGGUAUAGCAAUAGCGUAAUAGAAAUGAAGGAAUUAAAACUGAAAGAUACUAAUCCAUCAACAUUACAUUCACCCAUUGAUAACGCGGCACAUAAGAGUCAUAGCAUUUGUAAUAUGAGUGAAGUAUCAGACGAUAAUAAAUUUACUAAUAUUACUAACACUGCUAAUAUCACUGACAACUCGUGUGUGUCCCGUCCUUCUCCCGAUCACAGGCAACAAGAUGAGGCAUCUGUAAGUCCACCUUGUCCACUUCCGGCUGUUCCUUCUAUGGUCUCAAAAGUAUGUCAAGUACCGGCGACCAAGGCACAACCUGCGAUGUCAUUGCACCGAAGAUCCAGUGAUUCCGAUUUGAGCAUUACACCUAAAGGGAAUUCUCUUGGAACAAACGAUAGAUCAAUGACUGGAUUCUUGAAGACACCUACAGCUGUAAUAAGGACCAUGAAUCAGGAUGCCUUCGAAAUGUUAGAGUACCCUUUUAUCACUAUGCAGCAAUAUCCACCAGGAUUCAUCCUUCAUAUCGGUGGUCUUGUAAGCUCAAGAUCAGUCAAGCUACUGGAAAGAAUUAGUAAUUUAGAAGAGCCCGAAAGUCGUGAUAGUUGGUGGAAAGAAAUUAGGAUGGAGAUUAGAUCACAUGCAAGAGCAUUGGCAUGUAACGUGGUUAUAGGUUACAGGGAAGAAACUAGUAUCUGUGAUGACGUUUGUGUAUUGAACGCGUAUGGUACAGCAGCAAUCAUUAAUCUGCACAGCUCAACUCAAGAUGUCGAUAACGUUUUUAUUAAUAAAGGACAAUCAGGAUCAGUAAUAAAUCCUACCGAUGUAGAACGAGAAAAGACUCAACAAAAACCAAUACCUGCAAAAGCAGAAAAAACUGAUACCGAUACACCAGUAACAGCUUCAGUUCAUCAGGGUGGUAAAGUUAGGCACACCUCAGAAAGUAAAGAUCACGAGAUUCAGUUCCAAAGUAAAUGUAGCCUUUGUCAUUUACCUUACAACGACGCGAGCGUACCUUUUCGCGUAAGCGUAUCGAAAUGUGCAAUAUGCAAACGUGCCAGAGUACCGGAUGUGAUGUUCACUACUAUAGAACUUCCGGAGAACGUAAUAAUCACUGGAAGAGGAUGUAUUAUACAGGCUACUGUGUGCAAAACCAAAAAAGAUCUCAGAGGAGAAUUAAAUGCUAAGGAGAUAUCAGACUGCUUGCCAUUCUUAGAAUACGAAUUACAUAGUUUGCUUUUAAAUAAAUUAAAGGUUAAAGGAAUGAACGCCAUAUUUGGUUUGAAGCUUCAAGUCUCCGUUGGUGAACGAUUGAUUAUUGGCAUGGCUGUGGGUAGUGCAGUAUUUUUAACGGCGCUACCAACUCCAUCGGUACCACAAAUUGCUUCUGGAAAUUCUUGGCACAAAGAGGAACAAUUAGCGGAUAUCCAAAAAACUUUACUCGAGACAGUCAAGAAGAAUAGAGAGUUUUAUCGACUUAAACCUGUCACGGAUGUUGAAAAUGGACGGUUGGCAACCUCGGAUACUGAUGAAUCUGACGAAGAACUCCCUGAUUUAGAUUUUAGUGUCGGAACCAGAGAUACUUGUGUCUUGGAAGUCGACGAUAUAGAGGAUAUGGAUAGAAUAUCGUUAUUAAUGGACGACAGACCUCCCGAUGACUUUCAUGUUGUAAAUACUCAAACAAUUCCUGGCCUUGACGAAUUGGAGAUUGUUAGGAAUCUACAGAUGUUCACACAAAUUUCAAGGACGAAAAUUCCAGCGGGCCAGUUUGCGUCCAUGCCUUCAAAAUGUUUUGCUAAAUUACUUCAGUCUGUGUAUUUUAAAUUGAGGAAAAUGAUCCCAUGUGCCCUUUGCGACAUGCAGUUUAAAUUAGCCCUUCCUGAACCAGACGAAAUACAGUUCACGGUGAUUGGCAUGGCUCUUGGUUUAGGUGAUCCAGUUAAAAUGAAUAAACUUAAAAAGAAAUUGAUGACUCAUUCUGUGAGCAAGGAUCAAGUGAAAAAGUCGGAUGACAGUGACAUGAUAUUUAACUUGGACGUGGACCAUAACGAAAUUUCAUCGGAUAACGCAUCCAGUAGUGUUACAGUAAAUUCUUCUACUCUAAUUAACGCAGUAGGAUUGAAAUCCAGGACCCGUUCACCAUUGCGAACGAAACUUCAUACUAUCCAUAAACACAAACAUGUGCCUUUGAAAGGAAGAUACGGCGUAGAUAUAACCCCUCUGUCUUACCUACCGGGUGGUCGGAUAGAGAGGUAUUUAGGGAACUUGAACUUUUUCUUUAUUCGUGAGAGCACAUCGAUCAGAGAGAACGGUGGUUUGAGCGGGUUCACGCACAGUUUUAUAAUGGAGGUAUUAGCCAUUGUUCGUGCACACAUAACCGCCUUGGGUGGUAACGCAAUGGUCGCGUUUUUUAUGACUAAGUGCGUGCUUCUUCACAGUCCCCAUAAAAAUCAAGGACAAUGUUUAAUAAAUGUCGGUGGGGAUGUGGUGUCUGUGUCGUACUUCGCGAACGAGAAACACUGCGGACCUUCAAAUUGCUGACCCCAACCUCCCCAUUCAGCGCCACCAUAACUGCACUGCGAGAUACACCGCCGGAGAUUCGACUUCUCGGCGAAUAUUGUUAGCCGACUCGGACGUGCCGCGACUCAUUAUCCUGUGAUAGGAUAGAAUAGGGCCUGUAAAUAUUCAAAAAUCUAGCAUAAGUACUUAACACUUCGAGUCGUGGUAAUCGGGUCGAUCGUAGAUGACGUUCAUGGAUAUGUCAUUUUAGUCAAGCGAGUUAGCGUAAAUAUCAAGCAAUCCCAUGACGCACACACGCGGUCAAGCGAUUCUAGGAACAUAUUCAAAGCUUUGAUGAUCAUUAGGUGCCUUCAGAAUUAUACGUAAGGUCUGCGGAUGAUCUCUUUUGCCAUCCGACAAAGCAGUUACUGUUACAGGCAAACUGUAUGAUUCAGGCAUCUGAAAGGAGCUCAACUUUUCUUUUCAUUGUAACUAUUAAAUAUAAUCUGAUUAUUUAAAGCGUUACAUCGAAUCUUCAGGACUGAUAGAACUCACGAUACGACCUAGCGUCGUAGAAUAUGUUUAAUUUAAAACGAAAGGAAAAAAACGAUAAUACCGGUGAAGUAUGUGUACCCUAAUUAUUCGUGAUAUUGUUACUUUUCGUGAUUGAUAUCUGUAAAAAAAAGAACAACGUUUGUUUCGAUUGAAGUGAGGAGAAGAAUGUAUAUGGCCUGUAAAAAGUUAUCUCUGUAGAUAGUAGUACGAUAAAAAUCCGCGGAAAUAUUUUCCAUCUCAAUGGAGGGAACAAGAUUUGUGAAAAUGUUUUUUCGAAAUUAUACGAGCUGUGCUGAAUUAGAUCAUUGGAUGACACAGUCACGAUGUGUAUCUUGUACAUUGAAUUGUUGUGCAUGCGUCUCGAACCUUUUACACUCAGUUGAUGUUUGCCGUUACAACUUAACUAAGUCACCCCGUGGACGUAUAUUGUGAAACAAGUUUUACGUUUUAUUUUUACACAAACGUUAAUCAUCUCUUUCCCUGUUACAACGCGAACAAAUAAAAAUUGUC